AUGUCCAUCGUCCACGUACCGAUUCUUGCCCCUGAGAAAGUGCUCGACAGCUGGGACGAGCCAACGAAGCUGGUGUCAAAGGAUACCCUCUGUCUCAUGGUGGUAGUUGCAAGUGUCAACCUAGGAUGGAGCGAAGAGUCAUUGGUGAUGUUUGAUGAGCCCAAGACCAUCCCCAGUCCUUCGUGCUCGUGGCUUUCUGUCGCUUCUCUUCGAGCGAAGAUGUUGCUGAGAGCUCUGGCAGCCCCUUUCCAAGUCCUGUGUGGCCUUGGCGGACAUAGUCUAUGGCCCCUUGCGCCGAUGCGCUGUUCUGGCGGCGUCUUCUUUGUCGGAAGGACGCCGCUCGGUCUGUGGUCUGGGUCAUGGGAUCGUGAUGGGCUAGGCCCUCAGGUGGCGUGGGUUCGGGACGGUGGUGGAAAAGAGGGGUGUCCAUGCAUCGGGGAUGGCAUCAACCACAACGGACGAACCGUGCAGAGGGGUGUGCUCCCUCAUCUACAAUGCUACGAUGAAUGGCCCUUUGUCGUCCGCGACUGGAACUCCAAGAGCAAGAUGGAUUUAGAGAUGGAGAGUGAGGCCGCUCGCAGCUCACGACUACACCAUGGCGGGAUGAUUACGGGUUGGUGGAUUACUCGAUCCUCGUCCUCACGAGGAACCAUCUGGAAGUGUCCCCUGGACCAGUGUACGCCCAAGAUGUCUGCCCUCGACGCGCUGGGCAUCCUUUACCCCUCCUCUAACCUCGAGGAGGAAGUCAAUAUCGACGAUUUCCCUAGCCUCCUGACAGUCGUUGGAUACGGCGAUGACCACGCAUUGUUCUUGCAGAGCGCGGACGACAAAUUCAAGGUCAUCGCUACCCUGUGCGAGUACUACACACAGGCCACGAUGAUCGACGCAGCAGACUUCGCUGGUCUUCCAUGCGACAUGCUACUCACUUUGAACGAGCUGAGCACCGAUGCCGUCCACGAUCUCAAAGGCCUCAGCAAGAUGAGACAAGACGCGUUUCUUCUUUUGAUCGAAAUGGCUCAAUCCCUUUCUUUCGAUGAGUGGGAGAAGCUGGUUGGAGACGUCAUGCGGGACCUUGAGGAACAGCGUGACAUUAUCAAGGGAAAGGUUGACAUGAUCAACGGCCUCCGCGAGUACAAGCUUGACGAGGAGGAUGAUUUUGAGAUCAUCGCUAAGCCUAGCGCCCCCCGUGUUCCCAAGGGCGACUGGGAAUGGACCCAGGCCGUCAUCAACAACAAGGGCCCCAUGGUCAUUCUCAACGAUCUGCCUGCCAACAUCACGUACGCGCAGGUUAUGCAAGGCGUCACCGGCGUUGGUGGCAUCAACAGCGUUCUCGUGAAGCCCGAACCAGCUGGGUCCCGAAAGGGCACGUACUGUGCCGCCAUUCACUUUAACGACAGCCAGGCCGCCACCGCCUACAUCGACUUCUUCAAGGAGAAGCCUCUAUUCUUCGUCGACGAAGAUGGUGAUGUCCACAAGACCAACAUGUUGUACUUCAAGGCCGCCACUCCUUCUGACCAUGAUGCUCAGAGCCCCGUCUCUGGUCGAUGCGUCGAUUUCGCCAACUUUCCUGAGUCGGCCAUCUGGGCAGCCAUCAGCAAGAUUGGCCUGUCGGGCAUUGUCAGAGUUAAUUUCAACCCUGAUGCCUCUGGUGAUGUCGGCGAACUCUCAGUAGAGAUGACUGAUGUCGUCAAGGCAGAGUACAUCCGCGAUGUGGCGCUCUCAGAGACACCCCUCCCCGGCGUUUCAGGCCGUGCAGAGGAUAUUUCUUACGGAAUCACAGAGUCCGACUAUCCCCCUGAUCAUGUUCACAAGCUGUACGACAACGUCAUUCCCUACAUCGAGCAUGGCCACCUUGACGAGUGGAACAAAGCUCCGUACAACACUUGGGAGCCUCCCCGAUCAUUCCAUCCCGAUGUGUUUGCCCGUAUGGUCUACCAGGCCACUCUCCCCGACAUCCCUGAGGAAGAGGCGAGACCUUUCCCAGAGAUGACGAUGGGUAGCCGCACCUACACCGCCCAAGACGGAUGUGUCUACAAACAGCCAACGGGAUCCACAUUCCCUCAGACAGAGGUCCGCGGAAAGGAACUCAAGAUCCUCCAAGAGAUGACCCUUGGCAAGCAUGAGUGGGCCGACUUCUGGAGAGAGCUCGCGCUGCAGCAGCAGGUCCUUAACCCUGACAUUUACGCUAACAUCGUCGAGCACCGUCGCCUCAAGGAUGAAGGCCGUAUCAUCUGCCCUCCUGACUGCUACGACUGUGGCCCAAGUCUUCGCGACUCGCCCACUCCCCUUCGUGCACAGAUGUACACCCAGGGCAGCGACGAGGGAUUCAUGCACGGGGAAUGGCUCCAAGGUGACGAUCAGCAGAUCCGCAUGUCCAUCCCGCCUAUGACACCCCAGUUCCUUCGAUACAACUAA